AUGGCGCCGCCGCUGGACUACGCUACCGCCGCUCUGCGUGUGCAGCUCCUCCAGGCGGCCGAAGGCGGCGACCUCCGCCUCUUCAAGAAGACGGCGAGGGCGCUGGACGGCGGGAAGGGUCGCCUGAGGGAGGCGGUGGAGGCCGCGAUCGCGGCUAAUUGCGGCGCGGGGCCUUUGCACGUCGCCGCCGUUCACGGGAGGAUACCUGUGUGCGCCUACCUGGUCGAGGACCUCCAGUUCAAUGUCGACGCCACCGACGAGUCAGGAGAGACACCUCUGAGUUAUGCAGUUGUUAAUGGAGUUGUGAACACUGUGCGGUAUCUUCUUGAUCACGGUGCCAAUCCAGAUGAGCCUAUUGGUGAUCUGAGGUGUACAGCACUCCAUAUGGCAGUUACACAAGGAAACUGUGAAAUAGUAAAGGUCUUGCUCUCAAAAGGCGCUGAUGUCAAUUUUUAUUGCCACUGGGGAACGCCACUGCAUAUUGCUGCUGCAUAUGGGUUUGAUGAUGCUAUGAAGAUUUUGUUAGACCACAAUGCAGAUUGUAACAAAUCAGUUUGCGUUGCGGACACACCUCUCAUUGUUGCUCUCCGAGCUCACAGGCAGAAAUGUGUGAAGCUUCUGAUCAAGGCUGGUGCUGAUCUGAAGGGUGUUGGUAGUGCUGCUCCCAUAAUGGUUGCUAUAACUGAGGGCUUAACUGAGUGUCUCAGGUGCUUGAUAAAGGCUGGUGCUGAUCCUAACGUCCUCGAUGAUGUAAUUGCUGCGUCUCACAAUAGCCGAGCAGACGUUAAGAUCCUAUUUCCGCUGACUUCUUGUAUUCCAUCUGUGCGUGAUUGGAGCAUUGAUGGGAUAAUUGCUCACGUAAAAUCAAGAGAGGAGGAUGAUCCUAUUCUGAACAUGAAUCCAGCUAAUAUGAAGUUAGAAGCAAACAAAGCAUACAGGAGAAAAGAUUAUAUUGCCGCAGCAAGGCUCUACAACACGGCAUUGAGUUACUUUCCAGAGGAUAAAACAUUGAUUUCAAAUAGGAGCCUUUGCUGGCUUAAGAUGGGCGAAGGAGACAAAGCUUUGCGGGAUGCUCAAGUUUCCAGAGCACUGCACCGUGAUUGGCCAAAGGCCUGCUUCCGGGAAGGGGCUGCUCGUAUGCUAUUAAAGGACUAUGAAAAGGCAUGUGAUGCAUUUGUUGAUGGCCUCAAGAUAGACCCAGGGAACGCUGAGAUUGAGGAUGCCUUAAGGGAGGCUUUACAGUCCUUGAAGAUAUCUGACGGUGCCAAGAAAGACCACUGAAGAGUUAUCUGCUCCGAAAAGGAAAAUUUGUGCAGGAGCAACACUACCUUGUUUAGUUCCUCCUUUUUUAUGACUGACAUAUUCAGUUGUGACAUUUUAUUCUGUUCACGAGCUCAUCCUCGAGAUGAAAAAUGGGUCUUAGCUUCUGGCCUGUGCAGGACUUCUUGCUCUCACAGGCAUAUGUGGCGUAAUGUACUUUUACUAGUGUGUCCAUCCACGUACUUGUGUGGGAGAUAUGAUUUGAUUGAUUGCUAAGUGCUCACUCCGUCA